AUGGGGCAGGCGCCGCAGCGCCAGCAGCCGCCGCCGCACAUGCAGCAAAUGCAGCAGCGCCAGCAGCCGCCACCGCAGCAUAUGCAGCAAAUGCGCCAACGUGGGCCAGCGCCGCCACAGAUGCAGCAAAUGCGCCAACAUGGGCCACCGCCGCAGCAGAUGCAGCAAAUGCGCCAGCAGCAUCAACAGUACCCGCAGCAGUACCAGCAACAGUACUACUAG